AUAAUUCCUGUGUAAAAAUAGGCUUUACUGUUGAAAUCAUCUGUUCAACUGACAAAGUUGUGAGAUUCUUUUGUGCCUGUGAACCAAAUAAAAUUGAAACUUUUGAAGUUUUGCUCAAACUAUGGAUUUAUUAGAAACUGGCGAUAAAAUCACAAUAGUGAACCGUUCAAAGGAACAUCGUAUUAGCAAGGAAUUAAUUCGUGAGAUACCUUAUUUUGAAAAGAUGUUGAGCCAUGACUUGAGGGAAUCAAAGGAAAACAAAGUUGAACUGGAUUUUGACGAACAAGCCUUAAAAGUGAUUCUCAAUUGUGUUGAACUUGAUUACAUGCUCAUUAAAAUGGCAACCGUGAUAAAUUUGUGCAACAUAAUCCAUUAUUUUGGUAUGGACAAUGAUUUGAUGGAUGAUUGUGUCACCUAUUUUCAUGACAAUUUUACAAUUGAACAUCUUCCAGUUGUUAUACCUCAAGUUACUGCAGCAUCUAGAUGUAUCAACUCAGAAGCUCUCAAUGGUUUCAUCUGUCGCCAUUUCUUGAAUAUAGCAAACACGACUGCUUGGUCACAUUGUCCUAUUGAAAUAGCUGAAUACAUACUUAAUCUUAAUCUGGUGGUUCAUUCCGAAAAACAAGUUUUGAAUGCUAUCGCUAGAUGGGUCAAUAAUGAUUCUAGGUCUAGAAUGCGGUAUGCUGAAAGAUUAUUAUAUUUAGUCCGAUGGCAUCACUUGACAGAUGUGGAUUUUUCAGAAAUAACGAAAAAUGAAUUUCUUAAAUCUGCAGGUUUCCAUCCAGUAUUGUGGCAGCGUAAAAAACGUAAUUGUCAUCGUGCUUUCAACCGAGUUAAUCAAAAUUAUUUCAUCAUGAUCGAACAUUUGAUUGGUACAAAUUUAAACGUCAAAGUAAUUGAUUCUAAUUUUGUUCAGUUGUUCGGUCGAGAAGUCGAAUUAGAUGAAUCAAUACCAUUAGACGUUUUUCAUGAUGAACAUGUUUCUGAUAUCUUUUUUGAUUCUGGAAAGAGAGGAAUUCGAAUCGAUUGGAGCCGCAAUAAAUAUCGUUGGCUUGACCUUUCAACUUCUAGAAACUAUUAUUCUAAAAUCGAAAAAUACAUUAAUGGAAGAAAAGAAGCAUUCUUUACGCCUGAUAACCACGGAAAUCCAACAUCAUACAGAAACCAUUUUAUUGAAAAUGCACACCUCGAAACUACAGAAAAGUUUAUUUGGCUUUAUAAAUUUAGUCAUUGUGCAUAUACUUAUGAAAUUUGGCAUAGAAAAUGCGACCAUAAAGAUUAUCACGCUACUUUUUUGGGUGAUAAUAUCUAUAUGUUGACAAGCAGCCGUGAUUUUAUUCGGUUGGACUCUGUUUUCCGUGAGAUCGAGAGAAUAGAACUCAAAAAUAUUAAUGGGAAAUUCGCGGAUUUACUUCUAACUUCCAGUCAAGUUAAUGAUGAUCGAAUUAUUGUGGUGGAUAAGAACACAAAAGACUUCCUCUGUUACAACGUCAAAAGUAAAAAAUGGAGUUCAAUCGAUCUUAAGAUUAAUAAUGGUUCCAUUGAUUACCGAACGGGCUCUAAUGAACUUCUAGCUUUUACUUCAGCUUUUCUUUCGAUAGACGCUAUGAGAUCUUACAUGCAUCCUGAACUUUAAUAAAUGAAAUUAUGAUUAUUUCUCAUGAUAUUGUCCCAAUUCAGUACACUGAAUUAAAUCCCUGAGCUUUAACAAAAAAACCAAACUUCACCUUUGGUGAAUGGUGAAACUUAAUAAAUUUUGUAAUCAUUGGA